AGACAACGCGUUACCAUAGAUCAGAUAGAGAUUAUGUUUGUUUGAUGCGUUCGGUUUUUUUUUUAAUGGUGAGGCUGAUUCGAUUUGAUACCAAAUACUUUUGUUUCGAUACGGAGUAAGUAUCGCAAGAUUGAUUCGAUGCUAUAAAUCCUUGGUAUCGAAUCAAAAGUAUCGCGUACCUACUCGUAUUCAGUAGUAUCGGAAUAUCCCUAGGCAAGGCAGCAAAACAUAUGGUCUGUGACACACUGUUCUGUGAAAUUUUGUUUUUAAGUAGCCGACUGUCCUAUUGUACAUAAUGACGAUAAUUACGGAAGAUUUAUCGCAAGACCCACCUUCACCAUCCAACUAUAGGUACAUAAAAAAUUUUUCCAAGAGAAUGUUAAAAACUCAACUCUUUAUCGGGAAUUUUCAUGAAAAGCGUUUCGUGGAGUCUCUUGCAUGUUACAGGGACGUGGUGAGGAUAGAUCCAGAUGAAGAUAAAUUUAUUGAAAAUUUGGUAACUGUCAAAAGAAAAGUCAGGGAGCUUCCUUCGGGUAGUGUACCUUGGAUUGGUAUUACAGAGCCUGACACGAUCGGAGCACCUGUAGGAUAUAACUUGUGGGUGGAAUUACCGGUGGAAAUAUUUGGAAGGUAUUGGUUUAAAGUGAGCACUGUGGAAUUUCUAGAAAAAGAAAUACGACUUAAAUUGGAUAUAAUGAAACCCUUAAUACGCAACAAUGAACAGGACAGAUCGGGCAUUGGUUCUGAGGAAUUCAAUUUAUCUGCUGUAUUGAAUGGGAUAUUAAACGAGGUUCGAGUAAAUUUGAUGAAUUUCUGUCGAGAUCAUAUUACAUAUAAAAAUACAAAACAGACUUUGAUAUUUAUGUUUUUACUAAUCAGCACUAUUACAGUGGGUGGACUAAAGGUUGUAAAAUACUUGAUGGAAUAUCUAGUGAAUUUUAUGAGAGAAUUAUCAGGGCUCAUUAGGGCUUUAACACCAGUAAUAACAACUUGCAUGGACAUCAUCAAAGCUAUUGUUCUUGGAACAUUGGAAAUGAUUUUUUCAUUACUUUAUGAUAAACGUAAAACUCAAGCUACUCAGUAUAACGCAUACAUAAAUGUAGAUCCAAACAUGAUAAAAUUUAAUGAUGCGAGGGAAACUUAUGGUGAACAUCCGACAGGAAGAGCACUUCCAUAUGGAGAAAUCAGGGAUGGUUAUAGCCAAUAUCCUACAAGAAGGGCACUUCCAUACAGAAGGUCCAGGACUACAAUUACUCCCUGGAACUGACGCUGCUUGACAGUUUUUUGUUAAUUUCUAAUUUAAUUGAUUAGCUUAGAAUUGUGGUUUAUAAUAAAUUUAUAUAUUAUUAUUGAA